AUGGACGAACUACAACCACAAUCAUGUCAUGACGAAACGGAAACUUUGAAUUUCAGUAUAGAUAAAAUACUGAAAAAUGACACCAAAUCAGAACAAUUAGCAAAGAAUAAAGGAAAGUAUACCGGUAGAGCGGUGUUUACGAUUACACAGAAAAAUUGGCUAGAAUACCAUUUUCAAAUGGAAAAAUAUAUAACAAAACAAAAUAGAAACGUGUUGGCGUCCAAUCUUGGACUUACAGACUUGCAAGUAAAAGUAUGGUUUCAAAACCGAAGGAUGAAAUGGCGACAGACGAUGUCUCUAAACAAAUGACAUUAUAAAUAUAUAAUAUUAUUUUUUUAUUUAAAUUAUGGUAAAAAUACAAGUACCACGGUACGUUAUAGUAAUUAUUGACUAUUUUAUGACUAACUUAAAUAAUAGUUAUUUAAUAAAAUACAAUAUGUUAUAAUAUUAAUUUUACGUAUUUUUAAAUCGUGUGA